AUGAAAGUAAUAGAAUUACCUUCUAUUGAUCUAUCUGAGCAAAAUACAAAACUUCUCAGUACAUUAAUAAUUGAUGCUUGUCAAGAAUGGGGAUUUUUCACAUUAAAAAACCAUGGGAUAAAAUUGGAAGACGUGCAAGUACUCUUCAAAGAGAGCGAUGAAUUCUUCAAGUUACCCACAGAGGAAAAGGAACAUUAUGUGUUUCAAGGAAAUGACUUGCCGUCAGGAUAUUCAAGACAUACUAAACAUUCGCAUUCAGAAGAUUCUUUUUCUAGAGCUAUAAAGGAGUAUUAUGAUAUAGCAAGGUUCCCUAAUCCAGAUAUUGAAAAAAUUAGCCCGGCCAUCCGUAAGCGUUUACCUGAGCUAAAGAUGUUUUUUAAACAGUGUCAUAUUCUUUCGUUAAAAAUUCUUGAUUUAAUUGCUCUUGGAUUUGGGCUUUCACAGGAUUUCUUCAGCAAAUACCAUAGUUCCGCUGAGGACUUUCUUCGCUUCAUAAAGUACAUGGUUCCUGAGGGAAAGGAACACACAGAGGACGAUGUGGAUAACGAUAGUCAUUUCGAUUAUGGUACUAUCACAUUAUUGUUUCAAAGAGAAUAUGGAAUUCUACAGAUUCAACCUCCAGAAUCUGACGCUACGGCUGAUUGGGUUCGAGUCUCCGUCGAUAAAGAGGUGAUUUCAGUCAAUGUUGCAGAUACGUUACAAUUCUGGACCGGUGAAAGGAUAAAAAGUAGCAUUCACCAAAUAAGAAUUGAUCCAAGAAUAAGAGAACGACAAUUAAUCGCUUUUUUUGCUAUACCUGAUUUGGAUUGUCCUAUAUCUAAAGUUUCUGAUGAAGAAGAUGGAAAAAACGCAAAGACAAUGACAAUGCGUGAAUAUAGGAGAAGGAAGAUGGCAUGUUUACCAUAG